AUGGCCUGUUCAGCAUCCUCGAUGACCGUGGAAUCCUAUCCGGAGGCCAUUUCGUCCGGGGCCGCCACCCCGGGCGAGGAGACGGGCCUCCUUCGCGACCGCCGACGCCGUCACUCCUACCAUGCUCCGAGAAAGCUGUCCUGUGACUAUCAGGACUCCGACACAGUCUUCAUCAGGGUUGAACUCUUUCUCGCUGAAAUGGAACGCCGCAUGCACUGGAUUGAACAAUACCGCAAGUCCCACAUGGUGCAAAUCGACUCGAGCUUGCGACGCGGCUAUGCGACGUUGGAGGCCGUGAGAGACCAAUGCUCCGUCGCAUCGGGCGAGCUGAUGGGCAGUGGCAAGAGACGCGCCAAGAUCUUGGUGGAUACGCUGGAGGGCCGAUAUAAUGAAGCGCUGGCGACGAAGGAGACGCUCGAGCAGAAGGCCCAAGCCGGGGUCCGUCUGAUGGAGUCGUUCCUGUCCGAGCUCGAGUCGCGCGCCCACGCCGUGCGGGAUCGCGGCAUCUACGGGACGCUGGACGACGGAUGGAAGGCGAUGGAUUCAAAGCUCGUCCAUGCCCGAGAGGUCGUCGACGAGGGCAUGGAGCGUGCACGCCGGGCUCGUCAUGCUCUUAAGGAGAGCAUCGAGGAAGCCAUCCACCUAGCCCAGGAGAAACGACUCAUCACCUACUACGACCUCCCCGACCCCUGGCGAGUCAACCCGCACAUCCUGAAAGGGUACCGCUUCACCACCUCCAAGGUGGAAUGUGUCUCCUCCAUCUUCGCUUUCUCGAACGAAAUGUUUAAUAUCUGGUCUCAUGUGAUCGGGCUGGUCAUCGUCCUGGCCAUCGCUUUCUACUUCUACCCGCUUCACACCAAUUUCCACCUCAGCACCAAGGCCGACAUCAUGAUCGCCGCCUCCCUAAUGGAACGAUUUGCCUGCGUGGACUACACGGGUAUCUCGUUGCUGGUCGCCGCCUCGAUCGUCACCACCGAGUAUACUGCUUUCUACUGCGAGCCGUACUCGCGAUGGACAUAUAUCCUCCUCACCAUGUCGAUGGGAAUCGGUGGCAUCAUUCUUCCUUGGCACCCGACCUUCAACCGCCACGACAUGGCCUGGGCUCGAGUGGCUUUCUACGUCACGCUGGCGCUGACCGGAUUCACACCUCUCGCCCAACUUUCAUAUACCCGUGGCCUCGAGUGGUGCGCUUAUUUCUAUGCCCCGGUGUUGAAAAGCUUGCUUGUCUACUUUGUUGGCGCACUGGUCUAUGCCUCCAAGGUCCCCGAACGUUGGAAGCCGGGCCUCUUCGACUAUGUCGGCGGUAGCCACAAUAUUUGGCACGUGGCUGUCCUGGGUGGCAUUCUAUUCCACUACUGCGCAAUGCAGGACCUUUUCGCUGGCGCUUUCCAGCGCGCCCAGGGCGAAUGCCCCUCUUUGACAUCAUGA